CAAGAUGCUGGCCGACUUCACCGAGUCGAGGAAGGCGCUGCGCAAACUGCAGGAGGAGAAACGCCGGGUCAGCAGGGAGAUGACCAAACUCGUGUUUGCAGACUCGUCGCGGACAAACGACGUCGACUACCAGGUCAAGGAGGUGCUGGACACCCUGAUUGGAGGCAUCACCAGAGUGGCGCCGCCUGAAAUUCUGCAACCGGUUGUGGACCACAUCCGAUCCCACUUCAGCGAAUACCUGAAGCGGCACAGCAUCUUGGUGGGCAACUCGGAGCCGGACGAGGCGACCCUCGAAGGGUCCAGCAGCAAUCGCUCGAGCUACACAAACGCCUCUGUCAAUUCUCUGGAGCGCGAAUUGGAGCGAAAAACUGCCGCCAAAGAGGAGCUGCUCAAGAGACACGUCAGUCUGGACGAGGAAUUGAAAGCGUCCGAAAUUGAAAACAACGCCGCUUGUUUCACCGAAGAGGACAAACUUGAGCUGGAGAGCAUCAAAGCAACAAUGGCCGAGAUCCAAGAGGGAAUCAACGAGUUCCGAUCGCAGCAGGAAUCUCUGUCCGCCCGAAGCGAAAAACUCAACAGCCGAGUGCAGAAAGGGUCGUCCCUGAUGGAUCUGUUUCAAGGCGCGAUCGUCGGCGUCAAAGACCCUUACCCGGAUUUGAGGCGAUCAAAAUAAUCAAGAAACAAGAACCGAAUAA